UCGUACGUUUGGCAUUGUAUUUCAAACAGGAUGAAAUUAAAUGGCUGAAAAAAAAGAUGGACAACUUGAGAAAUGAGUUGGAAAUGGUCAAGAGGGGAAUGGCUACAAAGCAGCUGAAGCGUCUGUCAAUGCCUAUGAUGAAAUAUCUUCACAAUAUUGAAUAUUUUAAUAAGAAACGUGAACCGAAGAAGGCCUCUGUCAAGUUUUGGUAUGAUACUGGUGAUGUUGCAGCACAAUGGGAGAAUAUUGAAAUGCAGUCAAUUUAUUCCAUGACAAAUAUUCAUCAGGCCCCGAAACAGAAGCUGAGUGUGAAAAAACAUGAUGAAACUGUACAGAAUGCUGUCAGAGCCCUCUUUAGUCGUUAUUGGGAGAGUGUAGAUAAUAUCAAGUUUAAGAAGCUUCUGCAAGCCUAUCGCUACAUGUCACCCAUACAUGGUGUACAACAUCUGCUACAAGUCUACUUGUUGCAACGAAAGAUUAGAAAUGGUUAUUACAAUGGCACAUUUAUGGCCUCGCAGCGUCUACUGCCUCUGGAGUUUACCGAAGAAGAGGACAUGUUUAAGGAUCGUUUUGAUAUCAAUACCAAAUACAAAAACAGCAAAGGCGGUGGGCAGAUGAAAGAAAUCAAUCUGAUUAUACCGGUUGCUAGAAAAUUAGAAGCAUUUGUACGAUUUACAGAGACACUAGAGAAGAUCUUCAAACAAACACUGGAGAACCUCAUAGUGAUUCUUGUAAUCUAUAAAGACCCAGAAGGAAGCUGGAUUAAACAGAUCGCUUUGAUGAGACGUCUGCAGUCUCAGUACCCUUCCAUGAAACUAGAAGUAACACUUUUGACUGGAGAUUUUGCUCGUGGGGUGGCAUUGCAGCAUGGCAUGAAGAACUGCAGUAAUGACUCCCUUCUCCUUUUUAUUGAUAUCGAUAUGGCCAUCACAGAGACAUUUCUACAUCGAGUACGAGUGAACACGAUAUAUGGCAAGCAAGUGUAUUUUCCGAUUUAUUUCAACCAGUUUGAUCCUGAAUCUAUUUGCCACAAACCAAAUUGUAAGAAGAACCAUUACUUAUUUGGUAAGGAUGAUGGCUUUUGGAUAUAUUUCGGUUUUGGUAUGGUGUCCAUCUAUAAAAAAGACUUUCUGGAAGUGGGCGGCUAUGACACAAACAUUAAAGGAUGGGGAAAAGAGGACAUAGAUUUCUAUGAAUUGUGUAUCAAGUCUAACCUGACAGUAAUCCGGGCCCCUGAUUUGUCACUGAUACACGUUUACCACCCAAAGUUCUGUUCAAAGGAUUUGAAUGCAGAACAGUACCAAAUGUGUACAGAUUCAAAAAUCAGUAUCUUUUGGUCGCUACAUAAAGAAGCUGAUGCUGUCUACAGAUUACCGAAGAUAUUAAAUAAAUAACAAAGACAAACAGACAGACGGAAAAGGGGAAGAUACAAGCACAAAGAAGGGCAAAGAAUUCUGAAGGGAGUAAAAGAGGAAACAGAAAAAGUGGUUAAUAGGUAUUUGGUAAUCACUUUGUAAAUACAAAUGUAUACUCUCUUUUACUCUUUUACUUGUUUCAGUCAUUUGACUGUGGCCAUGCUGGAGCACCACCUUUAAUCGACCCCAGGACUUAUUCUUUGGAAGCCUAGUACUUAUUCUGUCGGUCUCCUUUUGCUGAACAGCUAAGUUACGGGGACGUAAACACACCAGCAUCGGUUGUCAAGCGAUGGUGGGGGGGACAAACACAGACACACAUACAUAUAUACGACGGGCUUCUUUUCAGUUUCCGUCUACCAAAUCCACUCACAAGGCUUUGGUCGGCCCAAGGCUAUAGUAGAAGACACUUGCCCAAGGUGUCACGCAGUGGGACUGAACCCGGAACCAUGUGGUCGGUAAGCAAGCUACUUACCACACAGCCACUCCUGCAUCUAUACAUACAUAUACAUAUAAUAUAUAUGUAGGCAUACAUAUAUACAUAUGUGUUUAUAAGUAUAAAAUGACUAAAAUGCAAUAUUAAUGACAAGAUAUAUCUACCCACACUCCACCCAGGCCCACCACAACCAAAAAGUCAUACAGAUAUUUAUUUCUCAAUGUCUCUCCUACAUUAUGCAAUAACUGUCUUUCAUUAUUCAUUUUUAUGUCUUUCCAUGGCCAAGUGGUUUUACAACCAAGCAAUAGGGCAUAUUAAUGACUGUAUUGCGGGUUCAAAUUUCAUCCCUCUGGAUUGUUAUUUAUUUAUUUAUAUAUAGCUUUACUUCUCGGUAACGCUUGAUUGUAUUGUUUGUUUGUUUUUUUUGUUUUUUUCUUUUGGAAAAAAUAUUAAACUUUUGUAUUGAUAAAGAAUUUUUCAAUAAAAAUAAAAUGAAAUAAUAAUUUUAAAAUGAUAAUUAUGGAAAAUGAGAAAAAAAUGUGUAAAGAAUCAAAAAAUAAAAAUGAAGGUUUCUGUAUUUUCAUUUAAA